AUGACUGAAUCCAUGAGCAUCCCUGGUACAGUCCACCUUGUGGAUCUGGACCAUGACAUGCAUGCCCGUCAUGCCAGUUCAUCUGCCGACAUUGUCCUCAACCCUACUCCAUCCAAAGACCCCAAUGAUCCAUUGAACUGGACUCCCCGUCGCAAGCUACUCUCACUGAUUUGCCAGAACCUAUAUACAUGGUUUGCUGGCUUUUCAGUGUCUACCGUCUAUUCGGUUCUCGUACCCCUCUCUGCCCAGUCUGGCGUUUCCAUCGCCACUCUGAAUGAGGGAACGGGAUAUAUGUUCCUCUUUCUUGGCUGGAGUCUUCUCUUCUGGCAGCCCUUCUCUUUACGCUAUGGCAAACGCUUGACUUAUCUGAUCUCUAUCCUUGGUGCGAUAGGCACAACUAUUUGGAGUGCAUAUGUCAAGAGCGAUGGAGAGUGGCUAGCUAAGUGCAUUAUCCAAGGUUUCUUCAUUUCUCCCAUUGAAGCCCUUCCUGAGAUCUCAGUCACCGACAUCUACUUCACCCACGAGCGUGGUACAUACAUGGGAAUUUAUUCGUUCACCCUCGCUGGCAGCAAUUACUUCGCCCCAGUUGUUUGUGGCUUUAUCGCCGAUUACCAGGGCUGGCAGUGGGUCUUUUACUGGCCCGCUAUCUUCCUGGCAGCUGUAUUUGUCUUCCUCUUCCUCUUCAUGGAAGAGACGAACUACACCAGAGAACCUGUUUCUGAGGACACUCCUGAGGCUUCUUUCUCCCAGGGUGAGAUCAAGAACGAAAAGAGUGGUUCUGUAGCUGCGGAUACACCAGCUGCGGAGAACGGCGAGGUUUACAACACCCCAAAGACCUUCAUCCAGAAGAUGUCGCUUUGGCAGCCAUCGCCGGGACAAAGCAUGUUCAAACGAUCAUGGCGAUCACUGAAGUAUCUGACCUGGCCUGUCAUCUUCUACGCCGGUUUCUCCUACGGUUCAUACCUCAUCUGGUUCAACGUCCUCAACGCCACAGCGUCACUCAUUCUCUCUGGAGAGCCGUACAACUUUAGCUCUUCCAUGGUUGGCCUGAGCUAUCUUGCUUGCUGCGUUGGCGUCAUCAUUGGAGCUCUAGUCUCUGGCAGACUCAGUGAUAUUCUGACCAUCAGGCUUGCCCGACGCAAUGGUGGCAUCAUGGAAGCUGAAAGCCGCCUUUGGCCAUUUGCCACCUGUGUCGUCGUGGUCCCUUCUGCGCUUAUUCUCUGGGGUGUUGGAGCUGCCCAGGAAGUCCACUGGUUUGGACUUGUCUUUGCGAUGGGCUGUCUUGCGUUUACUAGCGCCGUAGGCGUCACUCUGAGUGUCAACUAUCUCAUCGAUAGUUAUCAUGGCAUUAGUGGCGAUGCGAUCGUUACUGUCAUUCUCAUUCGAAACACCAUGUCUUUCGCAAUUAGCUAUGGCAUUACUCCUUGGAUUACUCAUCUUGGGUAUCAAAACUGCUUCAUCUCAGCAGCCUUUGUCGGAAUGGCAGCAUCAUCUGCGUUUUUUAUCAUGAUUGUUUAUGGCAAGAAGUUUAGAACUCGUAGUGCUGAGAGAUAUUAUCAGCUGGCCGAGGAUGGUCAAGGAAGCCACUGA